CACCAACACACGCACUCAGUAGACAACUAAUAUCCGAAUUGAUAAAACCUGUCAUAUCGCUCUAGGCGACUAAUUGCCUGAUGUUGACCAGCACCUCGUGUCAACACUGCUGCAGUUGCUCUUCGCACCCUUCCUUCCUCGUAUCCUGAAAGUCUCUACCAUGACUCCUUCCACGUCUUCUCCACCCAGGAUCUUCAUCGUAGAGCGAUACCAGUACAGAUCAAAGAGCCAGCAACUACCUCAAAAGGAGCCUCACAGUCAACAUGACGACGUGGAAUCCGCAAACGAGGCAGCCGACAGCGUCUUCCAGCAGCUGAUGGCCGACCACUUCAGCCAGUUUGGCUACCUGGAGACCAAAGGCAUCGAUGCCCGCGAUGGAUUGUUUCGCGGUGCAUUCCUUCUAGCUCAGAAGGAUUCUGGAAAUUACGUUGAGCGCAUUGGCGUAUGCGUCCGAAGAGAUUUACAUCUGCCCCGUUUGCAUAGCGGCGCGGGCACGUGGGGAGAGAUCCGCAAUCUGCCCUUCCAUUUGAGCCCGGAUCAGAGAAGCACCAAGCGGAAGAGGGAUAUCUGCGAUAAAGACCCACUCGGGAAGGAACCGAAGCGUUGUGAGCUCUCUGUGCGCGCGAGAGACUGUGCGAGAGCUCCCUGUGGCAGUGCGAUGGAUCCCUAUGCUGACCCAAUGCUGCUUGACGAAGGAUGUUUAAUGGGUGCAGCAAGGUGACGAUGUUUCAAUGUUGGAUUAAAGGCUUUCGCGUGCUCACCUGAUCAACGGUCCCACGAGCCCCUCGACGACCGUCCAGGAUCCCAGCGGGCUGGCUUUAAUUUUAUAUGUACGCCUACAUUUUAGAUCGAGUGAUCUCGGUAAGGAAUCUGGCGGCAAGACACUCACCAGCCCUCAGAUCUCUUCUUUGUCAAGCUAUGUUAUGUCUGUGCAGCUACGUGUAGGUGGUACAACACGCUCCAAGCCACGUCAGCCGAGUAGGCUGUCCUACAAGGGAUCGCUGUGCUCAACGUCUUGU